AUGGACCAGGCUGUUAGUGAAACAACUACUAUCUCCAGUAAUACUGCUAUAGAUAUCACCACUAAUAGUGCAAAUAAUAAUAAUGACAAUAGCGGUGGUAGUAAUAAUAAUAAUACCGGUGAAAACCCUGUGAAAAAAUCUUUAUUACCGCAAAGAUCGACUGUUUCAAAGGGUAAGUAUUCUUUAAAUGAUUUUCAGAUUAUGAGAACUUUGGGGACAGGUUCCUUUGGUAGAGUCCACUUGGUGAGAUCAGUCCAUAAUGGUAGAUAUUAUGCUAUUAAAGUAUUGAAGAAGGAGCAAGUGGUCAGAAUGAAGCAAAUUGAGCAUACCAAUGAUGAAAGACGUAUGUUGAAAUUAGUUGAACAUCCAUUUCUAAUUAGAAUGUGGGGAACCUUUCAAGAUUCAAGAAAUUUAUUUAUGGUCAUGGACUAUAUUGAAGGUGGUGAAUUAUUUUUCCUACUAAGAAAAUCACAACGAUUUCCUAACCCUGUGGCUAAAUUCUAUGCUGCUGAAGUCACCCUAGCACUGGAAUAUUUGCAUUUCCAUAAUAUUAUAUAUAGAGAUUUAAAACCAGAAAAUAUUUUAUUAGAUCGUUAUGGUCACAUUAAGAUAACUGAUUUUGGAUUCGCAAAAGAAGUGGAAUCGGUGACAUGGACUUUAUGUGGUACACCUGAUUACAUUGCCCCAGAAGUAAUUGCUACAAAACCCUACAAUAAAUCAGUCGAUUGGUGGUCUUUAGGGAUACUGAUCUUUGAAAUGUUGGCAGGUUACACGCCCUUUUAUGAUACCACUCCAAUGAAGACAUAUGAAAAGAUUCUGUUGGGUAAAGUGAUAUAUCCGCCAUUCUUCCAUCCUGAUGUUGUAGAUUUAUUAAGUAAAUUGAUUACAAGUGAUUUAACAAGAAGAAUAGGUAAUUUACAAAGUGGAUCACAGGAUAUCAAAUCACAUCCAUGGUUCGGUGAAGUUGUUUGGGAAAAACUAUUGAAUAAAGAUAUUGAGACUCCGUAUGAGCCUCCAAUCAUUGCUGGUGUCGGUGAUACUUCAUUAUUUGAUCAAUAUCCUGAAGAGAGAUUUGAUUAUGGUAUUCAAACAGAUGAUCCAUAUGCAAAAUACUUCACCGAAUUUUAG